UCGUGCUCUGGGUAGCACGAUUUGGUCGGCUUCGGCAAUCAGCAUCAGACCUAAAACAGCAGAAACUCCCGCGAAAAACCAAAAGCUUCAAACCCCAAUAUACCCGCCAAAUCCCAGAAAUCUAUCUACUUAAUUUUCUUCUGCCAUUCCCAGAAAAAGAGAACAAAGACUGUGAAACCCUAGUGGAGAAGGAAAAUGAAGAUCCGAACGAUGAAGCUCCGAGAAGCCCACAAGAGAGAUGACGAAGGGGAGAGCUCUGUGUGCUCCAUUCUGUGGGCUUCCAAUGGCGACUACAUUGUUACGGCGUCGUCUUCCGACAAUUCGAUCUGCAUUCAUACUGUUGGUUCGCCUUCAAAUAUGCCUAAGUUUCUUCGCAACCACCGUGAGGGCGUUACGGCUUUGGCCCUUAGCCCUAAUUCCACCUGCCUCGCUUCUGGAUCCCUCGACCAUUCUGUCAAGCUCUACAAAUUUCCUGGUGGAGAUUUUGAGACUAAUAUAACUAGAUUUACAUUGCCAAUUCGUGCUGUUGCUUUCAACAAGUCAGGAACCAUUUUGGCUGCCGCUGGUGAUGAUGAGGGCAUCAAACUUGUCAAUACAAUUGAUGGAACCAUUGCAAGAGUUCUUAAAGGGCAUAAAGGAUCUGUCACCAGCUUAGCUUUUGAUCCUAAAAGUGAAUACUUGGCUUCACUUGAUUCAGAUGGGACUGUCAUUUACUGGGAACUCCAGUCUGGAAGUACAGUUCAUGUUCUCAAAGCUAUAGCUCCUAACAAUGGUAUAGGUUUUUCAGUGUUGAACGUACUUGCAUGGAGUCCAGAUGGAGAAAUGUUAGCAGUACCGGGUCUGAAAAAUGAUGUGGUAAUGUAUGACAGAGAUACUGCUGAAAAGCUGUUUUCUCUUAGAGGGGAUCACACACAACCUAUCUGCUUCUUAUCUUGGUCACCUAACGGGAAGUAUAUGGCUACCUCUGGAUUAGACAGGCAGAUUCUUAUUUGGGAUGUUGACAAGAAGCAGGACAUUGAUAGGCAGAAGUUUACUGAAUGCAUAUCUUGUAUGGCCUGGAAACCCCAUGGCAAUGCAUUGGCAGUUAUUGAUUUCAUGGGGAAGUACGGUGUGUGGGAAUCAGCUGUACCACUGACAAUGAAAUCUCCAACUGAAGAUAUUCCUGGUUUACAUUCAAAAAACAGCAAUGGCUUCCUCUUGUUUGAUGAGGAAGAAGAACCAAGUGCAUCAGGGAAUUUGAGUGAUCUUAAUGAAGAUAGCCAUGGUGAGUUUGAGCCACCUAGCAGAAAAAGAUUACGUAAGCGCUCUAAUUAUGACGAUGACUGGGAAGAAGAUUGUAAUGACGAGCUGGAAUCUAUUCCCAAAGUUGGAUCUCGUAAGAAGGCUUCUUAUGGCCACAAAGAUAACCUUAGUGGGAAGAGUGGGUCCAGGCAUAUGAUAGUAACUGCCGGGUCAAAAAUGCAAGAAGCUUUUCAGCCUGGAGCUACUCCUGCACAGCCUGGAAAGAGGCACUUUCUGUGCUACAAUAUGCUUGGAAGUAUAACCACAAUGGAACAUGAUGGAUAUUCACAUAUAGAGAUAGAUUUCCAUGAUACCAGCAGUGGUCCACGUGUUCCUGCAAUGACUGACUAUUUUGGCUUCACAAUGGCUUCUCUAAAUGAGAGUGGGAGUGUAUUUGCCAAUCCAUGUAAAGGCGAGAAGAAUAUGAGCACACUUAUGUAUCGGCCCUUCAGUAGCUGGGCAAAUAACAGUGAGUGGUCUAUGCGACUUGAAGGGGAAGAAGUUAGAGCAAUAGCACUUGGAAGUGCUUGGGUUGCAGCUGUUACCAGCCUUAAUUUUCUUCGUAUCUUCACUGAGGGUGGUCUGCAGAGAUACGUUCUCUCUCUUGACGGACCAGUGGUCACAGCAGCUGGCUACAAGGAUGAAUUGGCGGUUGUCACCCACUCUUCCCCUUCUCUGCCCACAGAUGAGCAGAUGCUUGAAUUUAGAGUCUUCAAUAUUGCUUAUGGGACGCAACCUCUCAGAGGACGACUCCCAUUGACUCCUGGGUCAUGUUUAACAUGGCUUGGUUUCAGUGAGGAAGGCCAUCUAAGCUCUUUUGAUUCUAAGGGUGUAUUGAGGGUCUUUACAAGUCAAUAUGGGGGGAGUUGGCUCCCACUCUUCAGCGCCAGCAAACUGAAAAAGCCUGAUGAAAAUUAUUGGGUCGCUGGACUGAGUGCAAGCAAGUUAUUCUGCAUUGUUUGCAAGUCUCCUGAAUCUUUCCCACAGUCCACUCCAAAGCCAGUCCUCACCUUGCUAGACUUGUCGUUCCCUCUUGCUUGUUCUGACCUUGGUGCAGAUAGCCUCGAAAAUGAAUUUAUGAUGAACAAUAUGCAUCUCUCCCUGGUCCAGAGAAGUAUAGAAGAAAGGGCAGCCUCUGGUCAUGACACCACCUCACUCGACGAUGAGGCUUUCAAUCUGGAAACUUCACUAGAUAGAUGCAUCUUGAGGCUCAUUGCGUCCUGCUGCAACGGUGACAAACUUGUGAGAGCCACUGAACUCGUCAAACUUCUCUCCUUAGAAAAAUCAGUUAGAGGAGCCAUCAAACUUGUAACGGCGCUAAAGCUUCCAAGUUUGGCUGAGCGCUUCAGUAGCAUACUGGAGGAAAAGUUGCUCAGUGAAACAUCAGGGAACACGGUACUCCCUGACAGAAAGUCCAACUGUAAUGGUUCUAUCCAACACGAUGUUGCAUCUGUUAAGCUAUUCACUGCACCAGAAAUCAGUCAAAAAUCAGAAGGGGUAGUUCCAUCUCCAACACACACAUUACCAUCCACUUCCUUAUCAAGUAAACAAAAUGGCGAGGAGCCAUGCAAAGAUAGACAUGGAAACAACAUUCAAUGUCAAACUACGACAUUGGGGAAAGCAACUGACUUGAAGACUGCAGUGAAGUUGAAAGCUGAUGAAGUGCACAGUCUGGGAGAAACUAAGGCCAUGAAGGUGGAUCAACUACAUUUUAGUCGACCCUCUAACCCGUUCGCGAAGUCAGCAAGCAACCAAGAGAGUUCCUCUCUAUUUGAUUCUCUCAAGAAGAUGAAGAAGUGAGACCUAGUAAGUACGGGUGCAAGUAUAUCAGCUGAAGCUGUUUUUAUCAAGGGAAGAAUGGUAUUAACUUCUGUGCUAGAUUAGUAUUUCUUAUUAGCAAAUUCCCUACUGUGAUUGCAUAGAUUAUGUCAUUACAUGUAUUAGUAGUAAAUAUGUAAUUGUGUAAUGCUUCAGUUUCAUGUAAUUUUCUUGCAAUCUUGAGAAGAUUACACCCAAACCCUUAAAUAAUUGAAAUAUAUACCUAAA